CGCCCCGCCCCGCCCCGCACAUCACAGCCCGUCCUCCCACCGGUCGUCUCCGCCGCGGAAAUCUCGCCCGCCCGCGAGAUCUUCUCGUCCUGGCGCCCUCCCACGCUCAUCCUCCCCUCGCUCGCAUAUGGCGCCGUGCAACCCGGCACGCUCGGCCGCCUCACGGCGCUGCAGCUGCUCAGCCUGCGCUCCAACAACCUGUCGGGCCCGCUCCCCGCCGACCUCCCGCGCCUGCCCGCGCUCGCGGGCCUCCACCUCCACCGCAACGCCUUCUCCGGCGCGCUCCCGCCCGGGCUCGCGGGCUCGCCGCGCUCCAGGCGCUCGACCUCUCCUCCAACGGCUUCGGCGGCGGCAUCCCCGACGCGCUCGCCAAUCUCACCCGCCUUGCCGCGCUCGACCUCUCCAACAACUCGCUCUCCGGCCGCGUCCCGGACCUCGGGCUCCUCGCGCUUCAGUUCCUCAACCUCUCCAACAACCGCCUCGACGGGCCCGUGCCGCCGUCCCUCCUCCGCUUCGCCGACGCCGCAUUCGCGGGCAACGACCUGACGCGCCCGCCCGCAGCAGCUCCUCCCACCGCCGCCGUCGCGCGGAGGCGGCGGGUCAGGCUCAGCGAGGCGGCCAUCCUCGUCGUCGCCGUCGGCGGCUGCGUCCUCGCGUUCGCCGUCGCCGCGGUGCUGCUCCUCGCAUUCUGCAACAGGGAGGGCCGCGACGACGACGACGACACGGGAGGGGCCGGCGGCGGCACGGGUGUCGGGAAGGGCGGGAGAAGAAGGGGAGGGAGUCGCCGGAGUCCAAGGUCGUCAUCGGCAAGGCCGGGGAGGGCAACCGGAUGGUCUUCUUGGAUGGCCCGGCGCUGGCGUUCGACCUGGAGGACCUGCUCCGCGCCUCCGCCGAGGUCCUCGGCAAGGGCGCGUUCGGGACGGCGUACCGGGCCAUGCUGGAGGACGCCACCACGGCCGUCGUCAAGCGGCUCAGCAAGGAGGUCAGCACCGGGCGCCGCGACUUCGAGCAGCAGAUGGAGCUGGUCGGCCGGAUUCGCCAUCGCAACGUCGUCGAGCUCCGCUCCUACUACUACUCCAAGGACGAGAAGCUGCUUGUGUACGAUUGCUACACCAGCGGAAGUGUAUCCAACAUGCUUCAUGGUAUGUAUGAUCAUUUGACCAUAUCCUCCUCUGUCUCUCCUUCGUCAUGUCACUUUGAUCGUUUUCAGUGCUCAAUUUGGAAUUACGGGCUUCGUAACUACAAGCGUCGGCCUGUCUGUGCGUUAGAAUUUUAGCAAUCAUGAUAGCGAGACGUACAGACGUGGCGAUUUUGAAAGGAAAGAAAGAAACUUUGUAACGUCUGAUUGAUACCAUGGUGACCUGGAGAUGCAAUGUUGCUUGUUGUUUGGAAAGAUGCUCAUGGGUUGAUAUGCUAACUGGUUGUUUAGUGCAAGCAACAACCUUCUUAAGGAGAAGAUGAACUUUAGCGCUCUGUGCUUGGUUCACCGGAAGUCCGGAUGUAGCAUGUGCUGCCCAUUUCUUGCUUAUUUUUUUUGUUUGCUAACUUGCUGUCAUGUAUUGAAUCUCACGCGUUCAUUUAAGUUCUCUAGCUGCUUGGUGUGAUGUGCUU